CUUCUUUCUGCCUGUACUUCUAUUUCCGCACCAGGUGUGUGGUGCUCCCGCACUGACCCCAGCGCCCGCAGCACCCCCAGGCUCAGCCGCCUCCUGUGUUUGGGGCGAGCACAGGGCAGCAGCUCCUGGCCCAGCAUUUCCCUCCUCGCUCCCAGCCCCGCGCUCCGGGCGGACAGGAGGGGGAGAUCUUCACCGCUGCAACUCUCAGCCUGCGCUGCACCAGGCGAGCUCUGUGUUCGGCAAUUUGCUCAUAGCGGGGGCACUCCGCAGCACGCAUUGCAGACAGGAGCACUCAGAUGGCCUGAGCCAUGGCCGAGGGGGAGAUAACCACCUUCACCGCCCUGACCGAGCGCUUCGGCCUGCCGCUGGGCAACUACAAGAAGCCCAAGCUCCUGUACUGCAGCAACGGAGGCCACUUCCUACGGAUCCUGCCGGACGGCAAGGUGGACGGGACGCGGGACCGGAGUGACCAGCACAUUCAGCUCCAGCUCAGUGCGGAAGACGUGGGCGAGGUCUAUAUAAAGAGCACAGCAUCAGGGCAGUACCUGGCCAUGGACACCAACGGGCUCCUGUACGGCUCGCAGCUACCGGGCGAGGAGUGCCUGUUCCUUGAGAGGCUCGAGGAGAACCAUUACAACACAUAUGUCUCCAAAAAGCACGCAGAUAAGAACUGGUUCGUCGGGCUGAAGAAGAAUGGGAACAGCAAGCUGGGGCCGCGGACUCACUAUGGGCAGAAGGCGAUCCUCUUCCUCCCGCUGCCCGUGUCAGCCGACUGAGCCCCGUCCCGCAGCUCGCAGCCACCCCAGCCCCGUUGCCCCAUUCUGGUGGUCCUACAAAGAACCAAGCGUUAGCGCCCUGAGCUGUAGGUAAAGGCUUGAACCAAACCUGAACCAACCUGAGCUGCUCAGCCCUGCACGACCCUUUGCAGCGGUGACAAGGAGCCUCGAGGACAGCUGUGCCUCGGGGACGUGUGGCUUCCAGCCCAGCUGCCGUUGGAGCCCAGCACCCCCGGCGCUUUUUGUUACCCCGUGUAUCCAUCCCAGUACGUCGCUGCCAGUACACCUGCAAGCAACUUUGAACCGCGCUGCUGUUCGUGUUAGUGAGUGAGAACCCAGCGAAAAGCUUGCAGAUAACUUCACCGUACUAAGCCAAGCAGAAGCUCCAAGUCCUCGCGUCUCAACCUUCCUUAGAAUAUUGCUGUACCUCACGCUAGUAUCUGCCCUGUUAUUUGUAUUUAUUUAUUAAGUAAAUCUGUCUCUUCCACAACCUGUUUCUAAGUGUACGUGGGCACCAAAUGCCCUGACGCUGUCCUGGAGAGGAUGAAGCAGAGCCGGAGCAGAACAGGAGCAGCAGAAGUGCUGAGGUUCAGGUGGCUGAGGGACACGGCGAGCUUCCUCCUGGGUGACAGCUGGGCUGGGGACAGAGGUGGAGCUGCAUGGCUCCUGAACGCUCCUUCCAGCAAUUCCUUCCCUACAGCCCCUCCUGCUAGGCCUGGCUUUCCGUAUUGGACAGCAAAGGGAAAAAGACAUUUUGGUCCAUAGAGUAACGUAACAUCAUUAAACAUUCCAUUGCUGAAAUAACAAUUCUAGGUCAGUGGUGAAAAGCGCUCCUCUUCAGAUUGGAAAAGAUGGGUAAUCGCAUUUAUUUUACCUUUAUUUUUGUAUAAUAAAUCCUUGGAAACUGCA